AAAUAGCUUAAAUUAAGUUAAAAGCUGAAAUAAGCCCUAUCAAACAGGACCAACAUGGACCCUUCAAAAUAAAUCAAUUACUCAUGUCGGGCACCUGACACUAACAAGGGUGUGAGAUAUGUGUCCGAUACUUUCUAUCGGACACUUAUUAUAUAUUUGUAUUUAGCACUAGUGUUAUAUGUAUAUAUUGUUCUAUAAUUGCUAUGGAAUUAGUAAAAUGCCUUUUAGAUAUUGUAUGUUAUAUAUAACACAAUUUUAUCUUACAUAAUGGAUUAAAAAUAUAAAAAUAUAACCCUUUUUUGCUGAGUCUGUAUACCUUUACAUUUGAGAUUUGAUGGGUCUGACCUCUUGAAUAUGCACCCACACCUGAUACUCGUACCAAAGUCUAUGUAACAUAAGAUUCUUUUGCAUGCCUUUCUAUGAGUUGAACUUUGAACCUUAGGGGUUAUUUCCCAUUAAUGUUGAAUGUAGUUACGUAACAAGUGGGCAAUCACAGCAAGAGAAAGGUCAAUACCCCUUCUCACAUGUUGCAAAUUACCGUAGUUAAUGGAUGUAAGAAUUCUUCUAGAUAUUGUUGCUGUGGUAUUUUUGUUUUCAAUGAUUUGUUGUAUGUUCUUCUUCACCAAAAACUCGCACCUUGUUGAUUAUUGUAGCAAUUGAUUAUCAUAGCUGCACCUUGUUUAUGGGCUUGUGGUGAGAGUGAAGGCUUAGUGACAGCUAUGGAGCAGGAAGAGUGACUUGUAGUGUAUCUUUGUAUCAUUUUUUGUACGUCUGGUUAUUCUUGCUUGUCUUAAUAGUGAAAGUAAAGAUCUAAAGGUCAGAGGACUUUUGUGUGUCAUAGUACCUCUUUGAGGAUUGUAUUUUUUAAGUUUGUUUUGUGCUUGUAAUAUUGUCUAAGAUUGGGGAUCCAAUCAUUGCAAUUUCUGUUUGUGACUUUUAAAUAGACUUGUUUUCUGUAUGCAGUCAAUUGAAUGUGAAAUUGUAGGAGUGCUUGUUGAAAUUGUGUCUCAAAAUCUUAGUUGAAGGAACCAUCGGUUCUCUCUUGCACUGGGACCAAUAUAUAUAUAUAUAUAUUUUUUUUAAGGGCUAAUUUUGGGUUUCAAUGUGAGAGAGAACUCGUCACAUAAAGGGGUUAGUGUUUGUGAGAGAAAGCAUCUCUCUUGUACCAUCAUAUUCAUUCUGAAUUAUUCCAAUAAUCUUCACCCAUUGAGAGCAUGUUGGUUCUAUAGCAGGAGCAAUUAUUGGUGAUAGAGCUGCCUGAUAAUGUGCAACCUUUACCAAAUGAGAAAUUUAGCGAGGUCGUGAGAGCAAGAAGGUUUGAUAUACUGCACUACCUUCACUAGCUAAAUCAAUCAACAGUUAGAUGCAACCAUCCCAGGAGCAACAAAGUUCAGGCAGUAUCCAUGGCUUGUACCACCAGCCUAUGCAGCAGAUCGAACCAUACUGCAUCUCUCCUUUCCAAAUUUUGACCAACAACGUGUUCCCUGAAAAUGGGAGCCAAGCAACCCAAGUUUCAUUCCAGUCUUACAAUGAACCGUACUUCACACUGGAAUCGUCUCCAGCAAACGGUUACAUUGUCUAUGAUUCCCCUCCUGCUGUGAGCAUCUCUUCUAACCGGACUCCCUUUUCACCACAAGGUUCUCAGUCAUACCUGUCAGAUCCACAUCAUUCCUCUGACAAUACUUAUGGAUCCACAGUUAGCGGGUCUUCCGUUGUCGAUGAUGGUAAUGGACUCAGGCACAUAUUGAAAGAUUUGGAGAAUAAAUUGUUGGGGCCUGAAUCUGAUGAUGACAUCAGCAGUUGCUCCUUCAAAGGUGCAGGCCACCAAGCAUAUUCCUCAACAAGUUCAAAUCAAAUGAUGGAAACGAGCCCCAGCUUAGACUUAAAACAAAUGCUUGUAGCCUGUGCAGAAGCAGUGUCGGAGGAAGAUAUGGAAACCGCAUCGAGAUUGAUGCUUAAGUUAGAAGGCAUGGUUUCAGUCUGCGGGGAACCGAUCCAACGGUUGGGUGCAUACAUGUUGGAAGGGCUUAGAGCAAGAUUGUUAUCAUCAGGGAGUUUAAUCUACAAAAAACUGAAGUGCAGAGAAGUGCUACCGACCAGUUCAGAGCUUAUGUCCUACAUGCAUGUCCUCUAUCAGAUCUGCCCUUACUACAAAUUUGCCUACAAUUCUGCCAAUGUUGUUAUAAAGGAAGCUAUGGAAAAUGAGAGCAGAAUCCACAUUAUUGAUUUUCAGCUUGCACAGGGAAGCCAGUGGGUGGACCUCAUUAAGGAUCUUGCCAAACGGCCUGGUGGGCCCCCAUACAUUCGCAUCACCGGGGUUGAUGAUUCCGAUUCAGCUCAUGCUCGAGGUGGAGGGCUUGACAUUGUGGGGGAAAGGCUAUCAAAAGUUGCUGCGUCGUGUGGAGUGUCAUUUGGAUUUCAUGGUGCUGCUAUGUCUGGAUGUGAGGUUGAACUAACGAAUCUUAGAGUUCAACAUGGAGAAGCACUGGCCGUGAAUUUCCCUUACAUGUUGCACCACAUGCCAGAUGAGAGCGUUACCACUAGCAAUCAUCGAGAUCGGCUAUUGAGGCUGGUUAAGAGCUUGUCGCCCAAGGUCAUGAUCCUCGUCGAGCAAGAAUCCAAUACCAACACUGCUGCAUUCGUUCCACGGUUCAAGGAGACAUUGGACUAUUAUAUGGCUAUGUUUGAAUCGAUUGACGCUGCUCGUCCAAGAGAUGAUAAGCAGCGGAUCAGUGCAGAAGAGCACUGUGUGGCUCGGGACAUUGUGAACAUAAUAGCAUGUGAGGGAGCAGAGAGGGUGGAAAGGCACGAGCCGUUUGGGAAGUGGAGGUCAAGACUUAUGAUGGCGGGGUUUAUGCCGUGCCCUAUGAGUUCCUCAGUGAGCAUAGAAAUUAGCCGAGUCUUGAAGGACUACAGCAAGAAUUUCAGAUUUGCAGAGAGGGACGGGGUUCUUUAUCUUGGCUGGAAGAAUAGGGUUUUGGCAACAUCUUCGGCGUGGAGGUGAGAAACGGUUUUGUGGCUGCUUUGAUGCAUAAUUUCUGUAAAUUCUCUCUCAAUGUUGUUUUUUGUUAUUUUCUUUACGCUGUGUUUGGUUGGGGGAUUUAGAAAGGGAAAGAAAAAAGAUAGGUGAAAUGAGAAUAAAAUAUAUCUAUAUUUUACUUAAUUUUAUACAAUUUUUUCCUUUUUAUUGUCAAAUCCUCUAACCAAACACAGUAUUAGAGUGAUAUUGCUCUCUCUGUAUUAAUACACAGGCUAGAAGAGCUGAGCUCUCUUCUAGUAAGUAAGACCUUGUGCUUUGUAUAGCUCAGACUUCUCCAACGUUCAGCAAUUGUUGUACAUGCCUGCCUAGGUGCCUAGGAAUGAAAUUAGUGAGCUUAUUAUUAUUGUUUUCUUUA